AGUCUACACUCCCACAUAACCACUCCACACUCUCAAAAAUGGCAACCACCAUUUUCCCCAAUUCCUCUCUCCUAAUCCUUCACCAUUCCUAUUCCAAACAACCCCGAAUCCAUUCUUUCUCCGCCACCUCCUCCACCCUCUCCAAUUUCUCCUCCUCAAUCACGUCCUUCAAAAAUUCCCAGUUCACCCCUAAUCCAAAAUCCCUAACCCUAACAACCCGACCCUCCGCCACAUCCGCCACCGCCAGCGACGCAGCAAAACCCGAAACUCUAAAAUCACGCCUCAAAAAUGGGGACACUCUCUAUGGUCUCUUCCUCUGCUCCUUCUCUCCCACACUCGCCGAAAUCGCCGGCCUCGCCGGCUACGAUUUCGUAGUUGUCGACAUGGAACACGGAUACGGAGGUAUCCCGGAGGCGCUCGCGUGUCUUCGCUCUCUCGCCGCUACCGGAACACCAGCGAUUCUCCGGUUACCGGAAAGCACCGCAGCUUGGGCCAAGAAGGCCCUUGAUUUAGGCCCACAGGGUAUAAUGUUCCCCAUGAUUGAAUCCGCAAAGGAGGCCCAAAAGGCUGUAUCCUACUGCCGUUACCCGCCCAACGGAGUCCGUGGGGCAGCUCACCCAAUUGUACGGGCUUCUGGGUACGGGACUGACGCGGGGUAUUUAGGUCAUUACGAAGAGGAUCUGCUCAUCAUGUGCCAAGUGGAAUGCGAGGAGGCAAUUGGAAAAAUCGAGAAGAUUGCAGCCGUUGAAGGGGUGGAUUGCAUUCAGAUGGGGCCGUUGGAUUUGAGUGCGAGUAUGGGGUAUUUGUGGGACCCAGGGAAUAAGAAGGUGAUAGAGAAGAUGAGGAAGGCGGAGAAAGAGGUGUUGGAGGGUAAAAAGGGCAACAUGAAAAAUGGUGGUGGUGGCGGUGGAGCGUAUUUGUCGGGUUUUGCUAUGCCGCAUGACAGCCCACAGGAGCUGAAGUCACGUGGGUAUCACAUGGUGUCUGGUGCGGUGGAUAUAGUGUUGUUUAGGAAUGCUGCGGUUGAAGAUGUGAAGAAGUUUAAGAUGAGCUUAGAGAUCGGGGUGGGAUCAUCCGAUGAUGGUGAUGGUGAUGUUGAUCAAACGGCUGAGAGUAAAGAUGCUGAUGAAAAGUAUUGGAGUGAGUGAUUUUAGUCUUGAUAAUCAUUAUUGUCUUGUUUCUUUGUUACUUCUCAUUUACUUUGGUUUAGAUUAGUGGAUUUGUAGCAAUAAUCUUGUACUUAAAGUUUGUGAAUGUGGUAGUUUGACUAAUUAAUUGCAAUUACACUUGACUUGA